GCUAGCGGCGGAGCAGUAAAGAUGGUGGCACGCCGGUCUCCGCCUUCUGCUCCCGGCUGACGCGCUCUGAGGGAGGCGGCGGCGGCCCCCAGGGCAGCAGUGACCUAGCCGCGGCAGCGCGGCCGCGGCCGCCGGCCCGAGCGAUGGCCGAGCUGGAGCACCUGGGCGGGAAGCGGGCCGAGUCGGCGCGCGCGCGGCGGGCGGAGCAGCUGCGGCGCUGGCGGGGCUCGCAGACGGAGCAGGAGUCCGCGGAGCGGCAGGCGCGCACCAGCCGCGGGGCCCCCCGCGUCCGCUUCGAGGACGGCGCGGUCUUCCUGGCCGCCUGCUCUAGCGGGGACACCGACGAGGUGAAGAGGCUUCUGGCCAGAGGGGCGGACAUCAACACGGCCAACGUGGACGGCCUGACCGCCCUGCACCAGGCCUGCAUCGACGAGAACUUCGACAUGGUGAAGUUCCUGGUGGAGAGCGGGGCCAACGUGGACCAGCAGGACAACGAGGGCUGGACGCCCCUCCACGCGGCGGCCUCCUGCGGCUAUCUCAACAUCGCAGAGUACUUCCUUAACCACGGAGCCAGUGUGGGUGUUGUCAACAGCGAAGGCGAGGUGCCCUCCGACCUUGCGGAAGAGCCUGCCAUGAAGGACCUUCUUCUGGAGCAAGUGAAGAAGCAAGGGGUCGACCUGGAGCAGGCGCGGAAGGAGGAGGAGCAGCAGAUGCUGCAGGACUCCAGGCAGUGGCUCAACAGCGGGAGGAUCCAGGACACCAGGCAGGCUCGCUCGGGGGCCACCGCACUGCACGUGGCUGCCGCCAAGGGCUACUCCGAGGUCCUCAGACUGUUGGUCCAGGCCGGCUACGACCUGGACGUGCGGGACCACGACGGCUGGACGCCCCUGCACGCCGCUGCGCACUGGGGAGUGAAGGAGGCGUGCUCUAUCCUGGCGGAGGCCCUCUGCAACAUGGACGCCAGGAACAAGCUGGGCCAGACCCCGUUCGAUGUGGCCGACGAGGGCCUCGUGGAGCACCUGGAGAUGCUGCAGAAGAAGCAGAGUGUGCUGCGGAGUGAAAAAGAGACACGGAAUAAGCUCAUCGAAUCAGACCUGAGCAGCAGGUUGCAGAGUGGACUCUUUAAGAACAAAGAGAAGAUGCUCAAUGAAGAGGAGACGCCCAAGUCCCAUGAAACAGAGGAAGAAAACAAGGAAUCCAGCAGCUCCAGCUCGGAGGAGGAGGGUGAAGAUGAAGCCUCAGAGUCUGAGGCUGAGAAGGAGGCAGAUCGAAGGCCAGAGGCUGCACUCAACCACUCCAGCUCAGAGAGCAGGGGUCCAGGGGAGGAGCCAGUCCCAGCACCAGCCCAGGACACCUCUGCCUCCUCAGCCCGGAAGCCCUGCGGCCCUUCCAACCAGCUGCAGGAACCCAGAGACCAGUCCCCCUCCUCCUGGCGCCUGGGCCUCAGAAAGACCGGCAGCCACAACGCGCUGAGCACAGCAGCCGACGCCCGGGAAGCUGCGAGGGACCGGGGCUCCACCCUCUGCCGCUCAGCGUCCAGCCCUCGAGUCUCAGCCCUCCUGGACAACAGGGACAGGGACAGAGAGGGCAGGAGCUACUUUAGCUCGCUGGCACCCCGGAGGCUCGGCAGCCCUCGCGACACUGAGGAGAAGGAGAACAGAGAGUCGGCUGCUAACUUGGUGAGGAGCGGCUCGUACACCCGGCAGCUGCGGAGGGACGAAGCCAAGGGGAACGGGACGCCAGAGACGGUCCCCCCUUCCACCUACGUGUCCACCUACCUGAAAAGGACCCCCAGCAAGCCCCCGGCUGAUUCCCCUGCAGAGAAGACAGACUCUGUCUCGUCGAACACCCCACUGUGUGUGGUCACCAACCGCCCCCUGCCUGGCCCUGCCAAUGGGGUCUCAGCGGCCACUCUGCUGUCCACACCCGGCUUGGACUCCUCCGCGGGAGCCAGGGACCAGCGGAGGUCCUACCUGACGCCCGUCCGGGACGAGGAGGCGGAGUCUCUGCGGAAAGCGCGCUCCAGGCAAGCUCGGCAGACCCGCCGGUCCACGCAGGGGGUGACGCUCACGGACCUGCAGGAGGCAGAGCGGACCUUCAGCCGGUCACGGGCCGAGCGGCAGGCCCAGGACCAGCCCGGCCAGAAGCCCGUGGGCACCGAGGGGCCGGAGGGCCAAGCUGAGACGCCUCUGCUGGCCACGGCCACCACAGAGGACGCCGGGCAGGGCCGCCAGCCCUCAGGCCGGGAUCUGCAGGAAGAGCCUGCACCUGGUCGCCCGAGGGCUGUAGUCCAGCCCGACGAGCCCACAACCGCCGUGUCCCCGCCCGCCUCAGGGCCCUCCCUCUACACUAGCUCCUACCUGCUGCGGACUGGCAGACCCUCGGCCCCCAACUUGGAGCGUCUGGGGACAAAGGAGGCGGACACGAAUGAGGCCGAAGAAGCAGGUGUGGACGACCCCUCCACUGGCGGGCUGUCCGUCCGUGAGAGGAGGCGGCUCAGGGAGCGGCGGAGAGGCACAGGCAUCAACUUCUGGACCAAGGACGAAGAUGAAGCCGAUGUCUCUGAGGAGGUGAAGGAAGCGUGGCACGAAAGACUCUCCAGGUUGGAGUCCGGGAGUAGCAAUUCUGCCGCCAGCGACUCCUAUGGCGACCGGGCCUCAGCGAGAGCCCGUCGGGAGGCCCGGGAGGCCCGCCUGGCCACGCUGACCAGCCGCGGGGAAGAGGGCAGUGGCAGGGACUACAAGAAGCUCUACGAGAACGCCCUGACCGAAAACCAAAAGCUGAAGACCAAGCUCCAGGAGGCUCAGCUGGAGCUGGCAGAUGUCAAGGCCAGGCUGGAGAAGACGGCCCAGCAGAAACAGGAGAAGACUCCCGACAGGUCCUCGAUGCUGGAGGCGGAGAAGCGGGAGCGGCGUGCCCUGGAGCGGAAGAUGUCAGAGAUGGAGGAGGAGAUGAAGGUGUUAACAGAGCUGAAGUCUGACAACCAGAGGCUGAAAGAUGAGAACGGCGCGCUCAUCCGAGUCAUCAGCAAACUGUCGAAGUAGCGCAGCCGGGGCCGAGGAGGCCUGGCCAGUCUGCUGCCCCUCCCGCCACAGCUUCCCACCCUGAGGGGGGGGGGGAUGCGCUGAGAGGCCGCUCGUCCACCCUCCUGCAGUCACCUGCUCUGCUCCUCUCUGCACUCUGCUCCACACGAGCCUGCUGAAGGCCCAGCUGCCUGCCGGUCCCCACCGGGUCCUCGAUCCGACCAGAGCCUCUGGGUGGCCCCCGGCAGGCCCCGUGCGGGACGUGGGCACAGCGGCCACACCAGCUGCGGGACUGUUUCUGUUCAGUCCUGGGGACGAGUGCACAAGGGUCCCUGCUAGUUGUCACCUUUCAGGACCUGGCUUUCCCUGCUCCUUGUGCUGGUGGCUUUUGAUCAACGACCGGCUCCCACCCCAAGUUGUCCUUGCCUAGGGCUCAGGGGGCCCUGGUUCCGAGGCCUCUCCUCUCCACCCGCCCUGUGCCAGCCUUCAUCGUCCUCUCCCCUGCCCCCGACAGUGGCUGUCAGACAGGCCUGACCCCUGUGCCUCACCCCGUUCGCCCCGGGUCGUGGUCCAAGUGGGAGUGACGCGGGGACCAGGCAGUGGGGCGGGUGGGGCAGACUCGCGGUGCCGGUGGGGACCCUGAGGACGGGUGGCGUGAGCUGUGGGGUGAGGGUUUCCGGCAGCCGCAUGUAGGGAGAGAUGUUCGUGUCUGGGGACGCCAGCAGAAGUCACAGAAGUUUGCAGGUGACCCACUGUCAUGGAAUCGGAGGUCGUUUGGUCCAGCUUUGCACCCUCAGGUGGCCUCUGUGGGUCACUGUCACUCGGACGCUGGGCAGCUCUGAUAGGGAGCUUCCCUGAUGUGGGGGGAGGCCCCUGGGGCCCCCCCAAGCCCUUGCACUGUGUGUGGGUGGUCCCCUCCUCUCCCAGCACACGCGUCCCUGGCCGGCUUGGCCACCACCCAGCCGCACUCAGACCCCGUCCUGCACAAGGGCCCGGUGUCAGCUCGUGAGCGUCCGCCUGUCGCAGGCGUCUUGGUCCUUGGCCAUUUGCUCUGCAUGUGGGCUCCCCACACGCUGCUCCCUGCGGCGGGGUCCUAGCACUGGUUUCCUGUGCGGCCUGCGCCCGGCCUCUGGCUCUGCGCUCCUCCCCCAGGACGUGCCAGCACAUUCUGCCCAUGCUCGUCACCAGUCUGGGGACGCAGGACCCCGCACACGGGGCUCGCCGUGUCCACCCUCUUCCCCAGCAGCCCCCUCAAUGGGCUUGGUGUCCUGGGACCGGGUGUCGGGGACUCCGGUGGGAUAUCACCCACCCACGGGCACCUCCCCCCUGGGGACCGGGAGCCCUCUCGUGGAGUCGCCUGCCCGCUCUCUGGCCGUCCUGGGUGCUGGGGCGGCACGGGCAGCCGCCUCUUUCUCAGGAAGACACUGAGUUGCUGGGGAGACGUCUCCACGCUCCUCCCACAGGGGCCAGGAGGCCAGACCUGCCGUGCCUUCAUGUGCGGACGGCACUGGGACUCGGUGGCUGCCCCUCCGUGUCAAAGAUGCCUUUUCUUGCCAGAAAGUUUCCUUGUGACAAAGUCACAAACUUUUCAACCUCAGGAAUCCUGGGUCCUGGGGCCGUGCUGGCCCCCCAGGAGCCACCGGCUGCCAGCUCUGUCACUUCCGUCAUGCAGACUGAGUUCAGGCACCUCCCCAGGGCUCAGGACGCCAUCCCCAUGGCUGCUGCCCCUGCGCAGACCCCAGGGUUGCCGCCAAGUCACCCAGAGGCCCAACAGGCCCUGGCCAGGGCCCUGAGCAGCUGCUCACUCGGCCGGCCGGACGGCGGGUCUGCUCCUUGGGGCCCCAGCCCACUCUUGUCUGAGGCCACAGCGCGCUGAUGGCUCUCAAACCCCUGGUGACAGUGGUGUUGGGCCAUCAACUGGGGCCACUUUACCAUGUCCCCUGCCCUAGGCAAGAUGUGUGGUUACUGGAACCUUCCACUCAGGAAGCAGGGAGGCUGCAACCCCUCCCACUGGCCUGUGGCCCCGUCGAAGCUGGUGGCUGGUGGGGUGGGCGGCUGCUGUUCUGCCCAGCUGGGCACUCCCCCCUCUCGAGGAGGACACAGGGCCACACAGAGUGUGGCCAGCACAGCACCGGACGGUGUUGCCAGCGAGGCACCGUGCAGGCUGCUGGCUUCUCAGGAGGGGAUGCCGCCCAAACCCUGCAGCCAGGCCGGUGGGACAGGCCCCUGGUCCCGCUGUCAGGGAGACACUGGUAGCGAGGGACCUUAUCCUCCACCCCAACGGGGCCGCAUUCCAGCCCUGCCCACUCCCAGGCUGCAGGUCGAGGGCCCUAGGCUGGUGUGCGAGGUGGCCUUCGGCCCCUCAGAGGACGGUCCUGUGACCCACCAAGCAGCUCUGGGGACAGAGGCAGAGGGAGAGGGUGGGCUGGGGGCCGCGUGUUGAGGGGCAUCUUCCCCUGAGGGGGUCUUGAGUGGGGGGCAGGGACCCCCACACUGGGAAGAGGCAGAAGGCUGGGUCCUUGGGUGCAGAGUGGGGUGCUGGCUGCCAGCAUGGGGGAGGGGUACCAAAGCCAAGCUCCCUCCCCCGUGACCCCUUCGAGGUCAGCUACUGACUGCCUGUGUGCUGUUGAGGUAGACUUGGUGGCAGCCCGGGACCUGCCAUUGUCACGGCUGCCAGGGAACGAGGGGUCCCGGGGGCCAAGAGCAAGCAGAGCACCCUGGCCGGCAAGUGCGCGGCGGCGAAGGCCACUCGGACCCCCUGGCAGCUGUGGCCGGGGCCAAACCCGCACCUGCAGGCCCUCGGGGAGAUGUGUCCUGGUUAGGGGGCAACGUGAGGACGUCCCCUGGAGAGGGGUGACACGGUUGGGACCAAGGCCCAUCUGCCCACCGGCACUGGGGAGUCUGGGUCCCAUGGAGACAGAGCCCCGUCCUGCGAGCAGCCGCCCACCCUGCCUGCAGCAGUCCCACCGGGACUGGGACUCUCCCAGACAUGUCCCCGCGGGGCCCCUGGAGGUGACAUCAGGGUGCUGUGUCCAUCCGUCCUCUCCCACCGCACUCCCCGCUCUCCUCUCCGAGACGAUGGUGCUUCAGGGAAGGUUUCCCGGCAACCAGCCACCACCACCCCUCCCGUCUGGGACCCGAGGGCCCCCUGCCAGGCCCAGUGGGGGAGAGGGCACCGCAGGCCCCUGUGCUGAGACAGGCGGCCACCCCGCCACCCCGACAUUGUCAGAGCCCCUGGGGCAGCUCAGGCCUGCAGAAGGCAAGAGCCCCACACGGGCCCUGAAACCAGGGCCGAGCCUGACCUGGGGACCCCUGCCUGGCCCCCCCACUCCUGGGGCCUGGGUUGGGGAGGAUGGAGCCCUCGCCCCAGUGCCCCUUGACCCCCGAGGGCUGGCCCUGGGGAGGGAAAGGCUGCUGCCUGACCCUCCAGGACGGGAGUCUGCCCUCUGCCCCCCUCUGCCUCCAGCUCGGCCAGACAGGGCCCCGGUGCCUCCCUCUGCGUCUCCUCCUCCCGCUCGCUCCCCCCUCCCCCGGCCCCCACAUCCAUCAGCACAGAGGUCAGUGUGGCUGGAUUUCAGCCCCUUGUAAAAUACCUGGGAGGUCGGGCCGGUCGCUUUGUGAGCUGAAUGUAUUUUUAUGCAACUUCGAGUGGCCUUUCAACCCUGAUGGGUGGGUUUGUUCUCCCGGUGGCUCUUACGUCACAUUACGAGUGUCCUGCGUUUCAGAGUUCGGGGAACACCGUUCACGCCUGUGUGUUGCCUGUGAGCACGACAGUGUUUAUAAGUGAGGAAAAUAUAGCUGUUUCAGCCGUGUG